UUUCCAAGUAGGGGAGUGUUGGAGGGACUUCUGAGGGCAGCUCAUCCUGGAAGGAUGGGGGACAGGCGGCAGCGGCUGCUGUCUCCAAGGAUGUCUGUGUAGCUCCCUGGGAGACCCUGUGCCCUGUCCCCUCCCAGCCCGGGGAGCAGGGACGGAGCGGAGCUCGCUGGUUAUCACCUGACGCUGCGCAGCCACUGAUCCCAUUGGUGGAGCCAGAUUCGGUCUGGCGCUCUCGUUCUCUCGCCUUCCCUGCCUCUCUCUCUCCUCCACGCCGCUUUGAUUUCGCUCUUGCCUCUCUUCUUGCGCUGGGCUGGGAACAUCGUCUCACGGGGGCAGCAGCAGCGGCGCCUGCGGAGCCAGACAGGAGCUGCCCGCAGGGCAUGGACGCAGCCUCCCUGGCGGCCGGGAAAGGAGCGAGCGCCCACCGCUGCCUGUGACCCAGGCAUCUGGCCGCUGUCCCCCUGCCUGGGGAGCUUGUCCACACAGAGGUCUCUCCCUUCCCUCCCUGCCAGGUCUUCCUCUGCAGAGCCCGGUGGAGCCAGUCCCCACAGGAGCCAAACCAGAGGCAGCAUGGAGCUGCUGUCCACCCCCCACAGCAUUGAGAUCAACAACAUCACCUGCGACUCCUUCCGCAUCUCCUGGGCCAUGGAGGACAGUGACCUGGAGAGGGUCACCCAUUACUUCAUCGACCUCAACAAGAAGGAGAACAAGAACUCCAACAAGUUCAAGCACCGGGAUGUCCCCACCAAGCUUGUGGCCAAGGCAGUGCCACUGCCCAUGACGGUGAGAGGCCACUGGUUCCUGAGCCCCCGCACAGAGUACAGCGUGGCCGUGCAGACGGCCGUGAAGCAGAGCGAUGGCGAGUACCUGGUGUCCGGCUGGAGCGAGACGGUCGAGUUCUGCACCGGGGGUGAGCCCUGCUGUUACUGUCCUGCGGCUUCGGCACAUCUGCCUUAGUGUGGUCAAGACAGG